AUGGGGUUGGAAAGUACACCACCGACAGGGUACUUCCUAAGGUAUAGAAAAAAUCAAGGGGUGCAUUCUGGACAACCACCGAAAACAAACCGACAUCCAGGUGAACCAGUACUCCAGCACGAAGCGCCGUCUCAACUUCAGGACGUGGCAGGUAGCAUUCUACACGCAGAAAAAGCAACAGGUAUGACACAAAAUUCUGCAUUUCUUCCUGAAACGCCCACUAGAAACGUGGAGAGAACGAUUCCUGUGAGUACUAGUGCUUUUAUAAAUUAUAGUGAAAAUAAUUUGAACAAUUUAACAAUGAAUGCUGAUUAUACUAGUGGAAUACAGCAUAACCUAGAAUCUCGGCCCAUUUUUACGUGGGCACAUAAUAAUAAUGAUUAUAACCUACCGAGGCAAAUACCGCCAUUUUCGAGAAUAGAUGAUAAUUUUAAUUUAAACAACAUGCGGCAAUCGCUUCCUAAUUUUUAUUCUCAUAGUCUUUUAAAUGUACUACCACCUAAUUUUAGUGAAAAUGUAAAUAUGAAUAAUGGUUUAAAUUCUCUUAAUAUGCAAAAUCCUAAUAAUUUACGAAAACCUGAUAAUUUUCAAAGUGUAAAUAAUAAUCGUAAUUUUUGUAAUUUAAAUAAUGCCACGUCAUUUAAUAAUCAAUGUGAUACUACUCCUCAGGGAAGAAAUGUAAUUGAUUUAAAUCAUGUAAAGGUUUUACCUACCUUCGAUAAUCGAGAAAAAAUUCAUCCUGUAGAAUUUUUGGAAAAUAUUGAAUUAUAUUUUAACGUAAAUUCAAUUUCUUUUAGACAGUUAAAAUUUUAUUUAAAUACUUUAAUGGAAAAUUCGGCCAAAACGUGGUUUCAAGCUUACAGUCAUAUGUUUGGUUCUUAUAAUGAUUUUAAAAAUAGUUUUUUACAACAAUACUGGGGUCCCACUCUGCAACUAAAUAUUAAAUUAAAAUUAGAGUCGGGAAGAUACCAGGAGGAACAUGGAUCGUUUGUAGAUUAUUUUAAUACUCAAGUGGCCAGUGCGAGGCACUUAUACCCACCAUAUACUGAACAACAGUUAAUUGCCAUCAUAGCGAGACAUUUUCCUCCUAAUAUUUCAGCUACAUUGGUGGGAACUGAUUCUCUGUUAACAUGUGUAGAACGUUUACGACAGGCCGAUUACUAUUUUAAAAAUGAUCAGAAAAAAAACCGAUAUUUUUUAAAAAAUGAUACAUACCAUUUUAAAACUGGUGUAAAUUCGGGGGAAAACAAAAAUAAAACUCACUUUGAGGAUAAUAAAAAUUUUCCGAGAACUUUUCAAAAGAAAAAUAUAACUUGCUUAGAGGUUGCCGAAGAUAACUUUUCGGAAAACGAGUAA